UUGCUAAAUCAAAUGGAUUACGAAAAAGCUAACAGCAGUUUUGCAUUGAUUAGGAAUCCCUUUUUGGAGAAGUCUUCACUCUAUCCUAGUGCUACGGAUUCGAUUUCAUUUUGUGAUGCCAUUAAGUCCAGUCCUAGGUUUAUAAAAUCUCAUUUGCCUGCCCAACUGCUACCCGCUCAACUGUGGAAACUGGGCCGCAAGAUUAUAUACGUGGCCCGCAAUCCUAAGGACGUUGUGGUCCCAUCGUAUCACUUUCUCACAGCACUAAAUCAUUGGCAAGGCAGCUUAGACGAAUUGGUCGACGAAUUUGUUUCCGAUAAGCUUCCUUAUACCCCUUACUGGGAGCACGUAAUCGACUUUUAUAGACUGCGCGAUGAGAAGAAUAUUUUCUUUGUUACCUACGAGGAAAUGAGCCGAGACCUAAGUGGUGUUAUCAGGAGACUAUCGAGGUUCUUGGGCUGCAAUGAUCUAAGCGAAAGUGAAAUGGAUAAACUCCUAAGCCACUUAAGCUUUAAGAACAUGAAAGGAAGUAAGUUUGGCGAUCACACUGCCUUGAUGAAAAUGUUAAAUAACGCGGGCGAUGACUAUCAAUUUCUGCGUCGUGGUAUUGUCGGCUCCUACAAGGACGAGCUAAGUUCUGAGAACAAGGAUAAAAUUGAUAAAUAUACCUCCACUUUUCUGGAGAAGUAUGGCCUUACAGAAUCGGACAUUUUUGGAGUUCUUUAAGUUUCAACAAUUGAAGAGCCAAAGAAUUUGUAACUAAAAUUAUGUAUGUUUUCGCUUUAAACGAAAUAAUGUGUACUUUACAAAUUUUACUGGUUUAGAGAGAAGAAACGAACUUCUGCUUUUAAUUAAAAUUCUACGCUUUAAGUUGACCAUAAAGUGUUUGACAACAGGUGUACAAUUCUACAUAUUAAACGAUCAGUUGCGUUUUGGUCAUGGAA